GUGCUGAAUCACACUAUUGGAUUACCAUAUUUUGGUGUGCCUUGGGUGCAAUUGUCAUAGCCGGUAUCGCUGUAAUAUCAUAUUGGAUACGACGAUGCAGGACAUUACGAGCAAUCUACCGCCAGUGCAAUCCGCCGACGAGCUUAUUAUCAACAACAGCUGCCGGCAGCAGGAGCAACUGCAGCAGCAAAAGCAACCAUUAUUGUUGCAAACUCAUACGGAGUCUCCAGCGCAGCUGUUGCUUACUGAACAAAAACAACAGCAGCAACAAGCUUGCAAAUCCACAUAUUCUAUUUCCACCACUUCCACCACCACAAACAACCCCAACACCUCCAGCACCACCACCACUCCAACCUCACCCCCACCAGCAAUUAACCCAACGAAGUCCAUUAACACACCCAUAUCCGGUGGCAGCAACCCCUUUACCCAUACACCAGCGCCACUACCACUACGACAGCAAAACCAAAAAGUUAUCACAAGAUCACAAUCAUCUAAAGUUAUACAAGAGUUGCAGCAAUUGCACCAUAAUAACAACAACUAUCAACAACAACAGCCGCAUACGCAUUCGAUCCACCAACUAAAGCAACAGCAAUCACUGCCGGCCACGCUACAUCCACCGCAAACGGUUAACGGCAGUCAUCAUCCGCCACCUUCCAAGUCCGUCUCGAUACUCGUGUAUAAAACAUUGAAUACGGUCUUCAAGAGCAGUCGCAAGAUCAUUGUGCGCGUUUGUGAGGUAGCCAGCGCGAAAAAAUCAUUCACCAUGUUCAAAUUCAAUAAAGCGGCCGCGCAAAAUCGCGCUGAAAAUCGGGCGAAUGCCUGCACCGGACACGAUCAGUUUGUUCGGCCACCGGUGCCCGAGAAGAAAGUUAAACACAUAAUGAAGAAAUUACACAAACAAAAUGGACUGAAACGCUCCAAUUCAGCGAUCGAAUUUGACGUGUCCGCGCUCACAGCCGCCAAUCGCCGGCACAUCUACAGCAGCAAUCGAUCAGCCAGUUCGGAACAAGAUAAUUCAGAUCAAUCCGAGCACUCGGAAAAAUCACCAUUGGUUAGCGCGAGGUUAGACAAUCUAGCUAGGCUAUUUUUUAGCAAAUCGAUGCCAGCGGAAACCGGAAGUAGAGAUACCAUAGAUUCUGUGCUAACGACAAGGCCAAAUCUGAAAUAUCAAUACUCGGCGCUGGAUAGCGGCAAUGGCAUUGUGGAGCGCAGUCCACGUGAGCGUGCACAACGCGAGCGCGCACUUAAUGCAUUGCAGGAGUGGGUGCAGAACUCGAAUGGUCGUUACGAGAUAAUCGCACAUUUGGAUGAAAUUGGCUCGCGUCAUGGCAAGAAUUGGUUUCUCGUGACCGAUGCAACGGUACGCACGGAUCGUCUACUGACACUAUUGCCACUCCCACCGGACUGUGUCGCCUUCGAGGAUUUGCCCGCCAAUGAGAAUCCGAAGCCGAUGCUAAUGGAAUUGCUCGGCUCACUGCAUCAUCCUUAUAUAUAUCCGAUAUUGGAUUUGGGUUUUCUGCAGCUUGGCUCUAGCAAUUUUGCCUGUCUGGUGACGCCAUUCAAUUCACGUGGUAGCUUAAAGGAUUUAAUUUAUAGGGCGCAAUGGAACGAACCGUGGGCACGCAAAUAUACACGAAAACCCAACGGUUUACCCGUCUCACAAGUUCAGCGGCUGGGUCGACAAAUCUUGGAGGCGUUGCUGUUUCUGAAAGAGCGCGGCUUCCCACUGCACGGACAUUUGCAUAGCGGAAAUGUGAUUCUACAAAAUGGCGCCGCCAGACUGUCCGGCCUCGAGAAUGGUCUGCUCGGCCUUAGUUCGCGCAUUAACGCUGUCAUGUGGUCGCGCAGUACAACGGAAAUCGAAAAUGUCGAUAUCAUUUGCUUCGGUCAUUUGUUAUAUGAAAUGUGUACCGGUCAAGAAAUGACCACACCCAAACCGUCCAUGCGGGUGCUCGAAAUGGAAUUAGAGCAUUACCCACAAAUUUUAGAUGUACUUGGCUUAAUAUUCGAACCGCCUAGCGGUGUAUGCCCCUCCGUCGAAGACCUAGUCUUAUGUGAUCUCUUCAGAAGCAUCGAUUUGCGUGAAUUACGUGGUCCUUGCUUUAGCACAAUCAAGCCGAGCCUAAGCAGAUCCACACUCAAUCUCUUGUAUGCCGUUAAGAAGCGACAAUGUGCAUCGCUCGGUAGUUCACUUAGCGAAAUGAGCUCACCGAGCACACCGCCAUCAACGCCACGCGACGGUCGACGCGGUUAUAGUCGAACAAUGGACUCUUUCGAUAUAUCUAGCGACUCGGAGGAGGGAUUACUUGAUGAAAUACUCGUCGAUGGCAACUACCACCAAAAACGCUUACAACAGCUUCAACGCAUGCAAAACUAUCACCAACGUCAGCAUCAUUCCUAUCCGCAACACUACUACGACCAGUUCACAGCAUUAUCACACCAACGCCAAUAUCACACACAAGCUCAUCACUUUAGCGAGAACAAACCACUGGACUUUGACACGAUUGAAUCAUCACCCCUGCAUUAUUGUGAGAAUACCACCACCCAAUCCGAUGACAAUAUCUAUAGUACUCAAGAAAAUCAAAAGUCAACACAACAGUCACGACAGCAAAGGCACAUAGAGUCACCGUCUUCUCCGCCACCGCCAGCACAUUUGCCAACAAUACGUUGUAGCUCCAGCAAUAAUUUGAAUGCACCAACAUUGGGUUCAAGUGCUGGUCGCUGCUCGUCGGGUAGUAGCACAAGUAUUGCUUCAACAACCGCCGGUGCUGCUUCAGCUGCCACCGCUGCCGCAACGCCAGCUGCAGCCUUUAUUGCGGAAGACGAUAAGGACAUUGGCGAAAAUACAAUACAGUCAGGUCAAUUGGAGCUUGAAGCCGAUGACAGUACAUCAAACAAUGACAGCCCGGCUAGCAGUGAUUCGUCGACGCACCAAGUUGACGCAACUAGCCAAAGUCAUGUGAACGAUGAUGCAAAGGCAUCAACGUCAGCAGCGGCCGCCGCAACGAAUGGUGCAACCGUCGGUGGUUCAUUCAACCACCAACUAACGGCUGAUAUGUGCAACUAUAAGAAUUCGAAGAGUCGUCGGCUCGAGUACUCACUCAAGUGUUUGAAGUAUGGACGCAGUAAUCCUUCGCAAGAUUCAGCUUUUGGAUCGCUAACCGACAAUGAUCUCUCGGUUGGUUCGUCCAGUUUUCGCAUAAGUAGUUUUCAAUCGAUAUCUUCGCCGAUUGAUGAGGGUGUAGAGGAUAUUAUAAUCGCAACAACAACAGGUGGCAAGGAAACUUGUUUAGAAUUAGCCACUAUACCGAAAAGUAUGGUGUCGCAGGAUUCGGCCAUAUCAUCACCUUGUCGUGAAACGUCGCCAAGUAACUUUUUAAACAUAGACGAUUGCAUGUCCGGCUCAUAUUCGGGCGCAUCCACUUCGUCCGGCUCUACAGGCAACAUACGUCCACAACAAUUUCCCGUCUCGCUUUCGCCUAAAAUACUCGUCACUGCCACUACUAACUCUAGCAAUUCGUCACUAUCCUCGUCUAGCGCCGCACUACCCCAAGCACAACAAUUCGACCCACCCAAAAUACUAGUUAACGAUCAAAACUCUAUUUAUACAACAUCACCAUCGAAACGUAUCGGUACAAUUGAGGUAUUCUCACAAAAAUAUCGCGUCAGUUCGUUUGAGGAUAUGUCACCAAAUAAGCGCUCCUCUUCCGAUAAACUCUUAAAGAAUGUCAAUCGCAUGGCAUUCCGUUCACUCGAAGAGGAGCGACGCAUUGAUAGUGCUUUUAUGCCGAUUGCAGAUCGUACAAAUUCAGAAAAUCGCGUCAACAUGCAGCGUGACGAGAAAUACAAGAAACUUACACACGCCUCGUUCCGCAUCAGCAAGACGUCAAGCCAGGUAGUGGUCUACGACAACACGCCCAAUCAAAUGACGAGCACGUCACCAGUAGGCAAUAAAAGCGUCAUAGCCAGCGUUGAAAUGCAGCGUCCCGCUACGGCUUCGGGUUCGGUUAGCACGCGUCAAACAAUGUGGCGCGAUAGCAAGUUCUAUCGGAAGAAUCGCAUAGCUAAGUCCAAUGACUCGCUGUUGGAAACAUCACCCAAUCACUCGGCGCGCCUGUCACCAUCUUCGUUGCGCGACAAUCACUACGAUAGCAGUUCCUCGUACGGCAGUCGCAGCCAAAGUCGACAAUCACUUAAUCGUGGCAGUUCCAUCAAUGAAAUAUCUGGACUGAAUCAGGCAUUUGGAGGCGGUGGCGGAGCUGGUGGUGCGCAAGGUUUGGCAGUGACCACCAGCUUCUGUGGCAAUGCUAGUACAAGCGGUGCUGGGCGUCGUUACUGCAGUUCGAAGAGUGAAGAUCUUGGUGAUACGAAUGAUUAUUUGCGGGUUAUGGAUGCGCGAAAAUCAUAUUCGGAGCGACAUCUGGUCACACUAACGAAAUUAAAACAAACAGCAAUCAAUAAUACAAUGAGCGGAAGUGAGCAAUGUUGCUUCUCCGAGGACGAAAUGAGCUUCUAUGAUGACAAUAAUGUUUACGGUUAUAUGUAUUAUAAUGAAAAACAACAGCAACAGCAACAACAACAGCAUCAUCAUCAUACACACCAACACGCCAAACAGCAGCAUCGACAGCAGCAGCAACAACAACAACAACAGCAACAAUCUCAACAAGCGCAACAGCGCCGUACACACUACAAUGCACAUCAGUCAACAAAACAAGCAAAAACACAACAACAACAACAAAUGCAGCACAAUCACCAGCAACAGCAGAAAUAUCAGCAGCAGCAACACCAACAACAACAGCCUAAGCGUUCCAACCCAAAUCAACUUAGCUGGAGCAGCUGCUCCAUCAAUCGCCUACGCACCACCAAUAUAAAGACCACCUCCUUGGCUACACUAUCCUGCCAUCAAAAUUUUACCUCCACCGCUACAGCACAAUCCCCCUCGCCCAACACGUCCAACACCACUGCGGCCGGCACGAUAGACGCUUUGCCACAUGUCUCGCGCAGCGCUAUUUUCAAGUCGGUUGAUCACUUUGUCAACCUAACAGAUAAGAGCGGCGGCAGCGGCAGCGGUAGUGGCACCGGCACUGCCACCGAUGACAACAGUUCCCCCGACGAUUCGCCAACACACCAGACGCUGAGCGGCGCCGAGCUCUCAAAGAUUUUCGCAAUGCACGACGCCCAAAGCAGCCAGUGCAGUGAGGAGAAGACACCGCUGCUAGACAGCGUUGAGAUGUCGCCAAUCAGUCCAACCGAGACGGAGGAUUCGACCAACGGCGAAAAAAUGUGAUAUACUAAAUUUCAGUAAAGACACACACACACACACUCAAAGCAAAUAACUCACGUAUAACUAAAAUAAAUAAAUAAAAUAUAUAUGCAUAAGUAAAAGCAAGCGAAAUUUGCAUAGAAAUCGGUAGCGAGGCUUUUCGUGUGUUACAAAGUGAAUGCAUGAAAGUUGCAAGGAUUGUCGAACUUUUUUUUUUUUAAACAGGGAAGUUAAGCAAUGUUUCCUUUUAUGAAAAAAAAUAUUUUUCAAUAAAAUAAAAAUUUAAGUAAUAUAUUUUUUUUGCAAUACUGUACACACUAGGGUGUGUAACAAAAAUCCAAUAUUUUUUUCCUCUUGAUUUUCUGAAAAAUAGGUUUUUACACAUCUUUAUGAAAAUCUCUCGAAGUACGAGCUCGGCUAUUGAAUGCUCUCCUACUUCUAACGGGAAGUUUCUCCGCCAUUCAGUUUUCUAAUUCUUUCUUAUUAGUAGAUAGAAAAAAUCAUGUCUCGCUUCCAACUACGUGGAAAAUGUCUCAUUUCAUAGAUUUUGUAGAAAAUUAAGUGCUCUACAAAACAGGUCUAAGCGAUUUUUUUCUAAACCUAAACUUUUAACAGAUAAUAACUGUUAAAGUUCAUUAUUUCAAGGCAAUUUUUUUCCUAUGAAUUUUAUAACGGAAAGCAAAAAAUUAUUUUAAAUUGCAAAACACAUUGCCUUAUGGGAAAUUUAUUGCGCAACAAAAAUUGGCUCUUAAUUUUUUUUAAAUUUUUUAAAUUUUUUUAUUUUUUUUUUAAUUUUUUUAUUAAUUUUUGUUUUUUUUCAUUAAUUUUUGACGAUGGUAUUUCGUAAACCUUAAACGAAAAAUUGUAUAAUAAUAAUAAUUUAUUUUAUUAUUUUUUUUUUAUUAUUUUUUUUUAAUUUUUUAAAUUAAUUUUUUUUAAUUUUCUUUUUUAUAUUUUUUUUUUGAAUUUGUUUUAUUUUAUUUUAUAUAAAUUAUGAAAAUUUUUUUAUAUAUCUUUUUUUUUAAUUUUUUUUUGUUAUUUACGUUCUUUAUUAUUUUAUUUUUUUCAUUCAAUUUUGACGAUUGAUAACUCUUAAAUUCUUACUUUAAUCGAAAAAUUUUAAAAUAACCCAUUUUCAGAGUAGCAAGCGAAGAAGAAUAUAUUCUUUUUUCUGACCCACCCUAGUGCACAUCUUUACAAAUUUAUGUACGAUUUAAACAUGUUUCAAACAAAAAGACCCGAACAUAUUUGUAUAAUGAAAGCAACAAAUUUUGUUUAAAAGUAUAACGGCAUAAGAACUACACAUACAAACAUACAUACAUAUAUAAUAUAUGUAUAUUGCAAAUCUCAUUCAACUAUCUGCAUUACAACAGCAACUACCAUCCUUAUGAUAAUUUUAAGAAUUAAAGAGCAAAGUUACACUACAUAUAUAUUUAUAUAUAUAUAGUUAUAUAUAUGUAUGAAUUUAAGUAACUCAUGUUUCGUAUGAUAAGACGUUACACAAUUUUAAAACAAAUAAAAACCUAAAUAUAUAAAGAAAAUGAUUUAAAAAAUCUUUAAAAAAAUAUAAUUAUACCACAUACGAGUAUACAAUAUGACGUAAUGUUUAGGGAAAAUGUUAUUUGCUUGAAAUUUCUGACAAACCUAAUUACUUAAGUUAGUGAAAAGUAAUAUAUACACCUAUACAUAUGUACAAAAUGUAUGUAUAUACGAAUAUGCGAACUUUUAACUAAAUGAAAAUAUUAACUUUGCGCUGAAAGCAAAACUUUUUGUGUCAUUUUGACAUCACCGUAAUUACUAGCAACGUUAAAAAUUUCCCCAAAAAAAAUAUAUAACAAAAAUUAUAGAUAAUAUUUGUUGUACUAGUUGAAGUUAGUGAACAUUUGACUCAUAUACUAAACGGCAAACGCAUUGCGCUUUCGAAAAACAAAAAAAAAAAAUGAAAUAAAAACAAAGUAAAUGCAUUGUGAAUUCUUUCUCAAUUUCUCAGCAUUUUUUUCGGAUAGCUUAGACGAGGCCGCAAUUAGUGUUGAAUUUAGUUCUUGUACUUCUAAGGUAAAUGGUGUAACUAUAGGCGCACUUAGUGGUAGAUACAGACUUCGCAAAAUCUCAACUUUAUGGUAGUAAAUUAGCUUUAAAAUGCAUAUAUGUACUAAUAUGUAUGCGUAUGCUCUCAGCACAUUUAACUGAAAAAACCAAAAAAAUAAUAUUGAUAAGGUCUCAAAAAUUUUAAUUUCAACUUGUAUAGAUGAAAAAAUGGCGUAAUUGAGGCGUUGAGUUAUAGCGUAGAUCAUUGGAGUAACCGAAACGAAUGUUAGUAGAAUGUUUUUUUAGGAGCAUAUAUGGAUAUUUAUUAUAAGACAAAAGAAAUGAGCAUUUUAUUUGUAAAGAAUACUCAUUUAGAGUCUCAUUCACAGAUAUAAAGUGGCAAAAUGGCAACUUAAAUGCGGGCACUGUGGCAAUAUUGCUAUAAAUCAGCCGUUCUUUAUUUAUCACCAAUCGGUUUUUAUAUAAAUAUUUAAACAAUUCAUUUUAAAAAAAGCAAAUAAAACAAUAUUACAAUUAAAUGUGCUUACUUUUUCCAUUUUACGGCGAAAUAAACAAAACAUGAAAAAAGAGUAAACAGCUGAUUGUGAUUUGCGACAAAUUUCCAUGCAUGCCACUGAAAAUAUGACAUUAAAUGAGUACCACUAUUAUUUUAACGACUAAAUUAAAAAACUUUAACACUUAAUGUUCUAUUUUAUUAUUUAAGUAAAUAUUUUGCAAUAGAAAUAUGCAAUAUUUUGGAAUUCAACAAAAAAGAAAAAUAGUGAAUACUACCGAAAAUCAUAAAAAUUAUUCAAAUAGAAGGGGAUAAAUUGAAUAAUAGUACCAAAAAACAGAAAAAUAUUAUGAAUACAAAACGAUUAGAGUGCAACAAAAAAGUGAAAAUUAAUAAACUCAUAGCUAUUCAAGAAAAUUACUCAACAAAAUGAACUUGUUACCUUAACGAUGUAAGCAAUCAAACAGUAACAUAAUCGAUAUCACUAACUAAUAAAAAGAAAAUAUUUAAUGUUAAUAACAAGAAACUGCAUGCGAAAAAAUUUCACAAUAUACAUAUAUAGCCAAAUUACCAGUUCAUAAUAGGAAUGCACCUCACAAAAAUUAAUAAAAACUAAGCUUUCAAGCAGGGAAUAAAAGAAAUUAUAAUUCCUUUUUACUUGUUUGCGCUUAAAAACUGAUAUGAUAGUUACGUCAUAAUUAACACUCAAUUUCAUGUACAUAAUUUUUUUAAUUUUUUUGAAGUUAAAAUUAAUUAAAAUUAUAAUAAUUAAUGUUACAGAAUAUGUAGAUUAUAUACAAUACAUACGAGUAUUAUAAUAUGUAUAGUUGACAUGCAUACCUUUGGCACAUGAUCACCCCCGUUAGUGUAUUGAUUAGCUUUAGAACAUACAUUUACAUAUAUAUAUUUUCUCGAAACGAAAGUUAUUCAAUUAGGUCCGCGUAAAUCGGUGAUAUUGUUAAGUAUGUAAUUUUAUUUUUAUUUUCCACUGAACUACGUAAAUAAAUAAAACAAAAACAAAAAAUAAGACUUAAA